AUGAUCCUCUACUCCCUAUUCGUGCUCAUUCUCUAUGAGACAUCGCUCGUCUCUCCGUUCGGCACCGUCUGCAUCGGACUGUGUCACUGCGUCGGCGACGUCGUCGACUGCUCCUCCCUCGAUCUUCCGGACGUCCCCUCCUCGAUUCCCAACAACACCCGGGUUCUUCUGCUCUCAGACAAUGAGAUCGAGUCGAUCGACAAGACCCGUCUGCGAGGCUUUUACUUCCUGCAAACACUGUGAGACAGCCACUGCGGCGCCUUCCGAAUUAUCCGAUCCGUUUCAGAGAUCUCUCGAACAACAUCAUUCGGCACAUCGACACGGACUUUUUCGCAAACUUGCCCAAUCUACGAGUAUUGUGAGCUUUCGAUUAUGACUUUGAUUCCCGCUCAAAGUGUUGAAGAAUCCAUAAAUUCCUAGUUUUCCUGUUAUCAGUUCUCGUGACUUUCACGCGAUCGGAAAUGUUUUUGCCAAAAAAGUGCUGAGUUUAAAAGCCCCAAUCAAAAAAAAAGAAAGUGUUUGAGCACAGUAAACAGGAAGGAAUUUUGCAGGAAUUUACGCAAAAAUCGUCUCUCACGCAUUCCACACGGCAAUCAUCUAGAUCACCUCGAAAAGUUGGAUUUGUGAGUGGAAUGACAGCGAACGGAUCUCAACGAAAUUUCUUUAUUCAGAAGAUCCAACCUGGUUUCAACUGUCACUCCGGAUGAGUUCAGUCGGUUGGCGGGCAUCCGAUCGGUCGAUUUGUCCCGGAAUCUCAUCUCGUACUUGCCCAAACCGAGCCCUUAUUCAAGAGUUUCAAUUGAGAAGCUGUAGGUGUUUCCUGUUCGAUUCCCCUUACAUUUCCGUCACAGAGACCUCGCUUCCAACUCGAUAACGGACAUCGGAUCCGAUUUGUUUUCCUCGUUCACCUCGCUAGUUUCCCUCAAACUUGCUAGAAAUCACAUUACUUCUCUAAAGCAGUUUUCCUUUUCAAGACUUCGAAAGUUGGAAUCAAUGUGAGUCUGCUUGUGUCCAAUGCUUCUUUCAAUGUCAUUCAGUGACCUCACCCGAAAUCUGAUCCGUGAAGUCCGUUUCCUUGCAUUCAAUCAGCUGCCUUCCCUCCAGAAUGUGAGUCUUGCGAAGAACGACGUCUACCGGCUGGACGAUGGAAUGUUCUACGCGUGCGAGGGAUUAAGCCGUCUGAACCUGUCGACCAAUCGAGUUCAGUCAGUCACCGAAGGAUGGAUGUUCGGACUGACCAGCCUGGAAGUGCUGUGAGUUCUCCCGGUUCUUCUUAUAUUUGUAAAACCAUCAAUUCCCUUCUAGAGAUCUAUCCUUCAACCAAAUACAGUCAUUUCACACCAGUUCCUGGACGCACACUCCCAAAUUGAAAUGGCUUUCUCUUCAUUCGAACAGGAUCCAGUCCCUUCCAUCUGGCUCAUUUCGUGCUCUUCGGCAGCUCGAAGAACUCAUACUUUCCGCGAACUCGAUCGACAGUCUUCAUAAGUUUGCACUGGUUGGAAUGGAUAAUCUGCACAAGUGAGUGUUUGAUAUCAUAGAAAAACAUAGAUGAAUGAUUUGCAGACUGGAUCUGUCUUCGAAUACUUUGGCAGUCUGCGUGGAGGACGGAGCCGUGCUCUACAACACUUCCAUGCCCUUCCUCCGUUCACUUCGAUUCACGAACAACCAGCUGCGAGUGAUACCCAAAAAAGCGUUUGAACGAUUCCCAGCUCUUGAAGAGCUCGACCUCACGGAUAAUCCAAUCGCGACCAUCCAUCCAGAAGCAUUCGAACCACUGGAACUGAAAAAACUGUGAGUUCAAUUCGUUUGAUUCUUCUUUAUCAGUCGGGUAUUGUCCAGUGUCAUGAACUCCUCCUCAAUUCUCUGUGACUGCCAAAUCGCGUGGCUCGCCUCUUGGAUCUACCGCCUGAAGCUCGACAAGUCGUCCAUCGUGGCCAAGUGCUCCUAUCCUCUUCCUCUCGCCGAUUUAGACGUCGUGGCAAUUGAUACCGCCAAUCUCACGUGCUUUGAUGAUUCCCCAAGAGCGAAGAUCGUCAGACAACCUGACGAAGUGAAAGCCCUUUUGGGGGAAAGAGCUCGGUUCACUUGCAAUGUUUACGGGGAGAGCCCGUUGAGCAUAGAGUGGAGAGUUAUGGAGAACGGUCAGCCGAGGGUUCUCGCUCAGGACUCGGCCACGUUUAUCAGUGUCAACUCGACUGCAGUUGUGAACGGAACGACUGACGGUCGGGAACUCGCAGCGGCCGAGCUCGUGCUCGACAACGUGGCAAUGACGGACAACUCAGAGUAUCAGUGCGUGGCCAGGAAUCGGUUUGGCUCCGACUUCUCGAGUCACGUUAAACUACAUGUAAUGAGUCAUAUGUUUUCACUAUUCCCCUUCUCUAUUUCAGGUUUACCAGGCUCCUAAAUUCGCAUUCACUCCGUCUGAUAUGUCUCUUCUUGUCGGUCAAACUGCGAAAUUCCUGUGUGCGGCCGGAGGAACUCCCCGUCCAGAAGUGAAAUGGGCAUUCGACAGGGGUCUCUUUCCGGCUGUGGAGGCUCGGAGACUCUAUGUGAAACCGAACGACGAUCACAUUUACAUAAUGAAUGUAACUGUGAGCGAUCAGGGGGUGUACACGUGUCAUGCAACCAAUGUGGCCGGACAGAUUCAAGUCAGCGCAAAGCUUCGCGUGUUUGGUACGCUGAUUAGAAGGGAUCUAUCCUGGACGAGCGGUACUUUCUUCUUCUUAGAUUUCUUUUUAGUACCGCCGAUUCCACCAAAGUACUGCUCAUCCAGGAUAGUGACAUUAGAAGUACGUGUUCAAGGAGAAAGUAUUCAGAUAACACAUUCCAAACGGAGCCCGAACCGCAGUCCGUCAAAGAGGGAGAGUCCCUGGUGGUCGACUGCUCUGUUAAUUUGAUUCGCGAUGUGCAACGGAUCAUUUGGAAACGAGACCAGCAAGUGAUUCUGUUCCAGUCCAGAGCUCAAUUCUCCAAAUACGACCAAAUCCUCACACUGACCCAGACGACGUUCUCCGAUUCUGGAGAAUACUCGUGCGAAUUAUGGGUCGAGGAUACAAUGCUGCUCAGAAAAGUGACACCAGUCAAAGUUCUGUCAGCAAAUGGUAUUCGAAACGGGAUAAAUGCUGAAAUCAAAUUGAGUUUUCCAGAAUAUGACUCACCAGAGAGCUCUUUGUCGCAAAGAGCGAAUCAAAUCAAAGCAAUGGCUGCAAAAUGGGCGAAAAGUAUGAACUCAACCGGCAACGGCUUCUAUCUGAUGGCCUCUUGCUCCGCAUUCGGACUGUGAGCUACACCUUCUCGCUAAUAUUUAAAAAACAAUUGCAGAAUGAUUCUGGGGGUGUUCACCUCAAUCUUCGUCUGCCUCAUCAAAUAUCUGUGUCAUCAGGAUGCGUCCAUCAAGAUCCAGCCAGUGCCUGUAUAA